CCGUCACUCUCAUUGAGCGCUAAGUGAGACACACCAUCUUCUUCCCCGACUCUCCAUAUAACAUGGGCUUUUUUUAGGCUGCGGGGAGAGCUCGUUCAGUGACAACAUUUGAGAUUUUUCACAACAGGGAUAAAAAGAAAGGAAAGUCAGCGUUUUUCGCAAAAAGCGAAGAGGAAUUCUGUCUAAUUUGAAAAGGUUUUCCAGCAUGGACAUGGACAUCUUUAUGAAUAAGGACUUUGGUUUGACUGGAAACGCUACUCAAGCAACAGGAGAACCAGCAGGCAACAAAGGCCCAGGACUCAAUCAUAGCGACCCACUGGACAUGUUUGUUGGGAUGGAGCUUCUUCAACGGUUCAAACCUCUUUUUUUGCCUCUCUACUGCCUCGUGGUGGUUGUGGCAGGUGUUGGAAACUCAUUUUUGCUGGCCUGCAUUUUGGCAGACAAAAAACUCCACAAUGCCACCAACUUCUUCAUUGGUAAUUUGGCGGCUGGCGACCUGCUGAUGUGUUUAAGUUGUGUCCCACUGACUGUGUCUUACGCCUUCGACAGCCACGGCUGGGCUUUUGGACAACCUCUCUGCCACUUGGUGCCCUUGCUGCAGUGUGCCACAGUGUUCGCCUCGGUGCUUUCACUCACAGCCAUUGCUGUUGAUCGCUACAUUGUUGUAGCUCACCCAGUAAGGAAAAGAAUUUCUGUCUGGGGCUGUGGUGCAGUGACUCUGGGAGUCUGGCUUUUGUCUCUGGCCUUGGCUGCACCUCCGUCUUUUUACACGCGCUACCUGGACCUUCGUCCCAGUGGGAUCGACUUGGUGGUGUGUGAGGAAUUCUGGCCCAACAGCGGCAAUCUGCGCUUGUUGUACUCCUGCUUCAUCCUUGCAACCUCUUACAUGAUCCCGCUGCUGUCCGUCAGCAUCUCCUACUGCGCCAUCACGGUUAGUCUCAAGCGCUACUCAGUGCCUGGGGAGACGUCCAGCAGUCAACAGCGAUGGAGUCAAAGAAGAAAAAAGACCUUUACUCUGCUGGUGGCCUCAGUGCUAGCAUUUGCACUGUGCUGGCUGCCUCUUCAGGUGCUGAACCUUUUGCUGGACUUGGACCCAGAGUUCCUAUUCAUUGGGAAACGCUACAUAAACGUCCUGCAAGUUUGCUGCCAUUUAGUGGCUAUGAGCUCUGCGUGUUACAACCCUUUCAUCUACGCUUCCCUGCACAGCAAAGUGCGCAUGCAUCUGAAAGGCUACCUCUGUCCUUGCCGCAGUCGUCGAGGGGAAAUGGUGGAGCGCGCGCCGUCCAGGAGCGGCGUGUUUGAGGCGACUUCAGUAACAGCUCCCGUCAUGCAAAGCCACAUGAUUCAUCCCGACAUUUAAAUUGAUGUUCAGAAAUAUGGGAAAAUGCCAAACACAGGCUCAGUGUUCGUUUAAACCAUUUUCCAUCAUGGCUUUUCAGCUUUUUCAUUCACUUCAAGACAUUUAGUCCUG